AUGUACGGGGGGAACUCGCCCAUCGGGGAGAACGCGGGCGAGCGCACGAACUCGAAUGUGUGGAGGGACACGUCGGAGGAGGAGAUUUACGGCAGCUACCUGGGUCCUAAUGACACUGGUAGCGACGUGCCCAUGAUGCGCCCCACGAUGGCGGCUCGCCCCAGCACAACCAUUCACCACGAUAUUGCUGUGGGUCAGCUAGACGACACAGGCGCGGCUGCAGGAGGAGCCACCAAGACGUACACGGGUCGAAAGGUCGUGUGGCCCGGCGCGCUGUUCUUGCUAUUGAUCACGGCCGUAGCACUCGGCUUAAUCACCUACUUUGGCGUUGAGGAGUUUAAUGGCGCACAGACGCAGCAGUCCCUGACCGAAGCGGCAACUGAAGUGGACAGGGAGAGGAAAGUCACGAGCGUCAAGAGCUGUUUGCUGCCGGAUUACACCGCAGCGGACGGCAAGAUUUACGCCACAGACAGCAAGACUGGAGAGAAGGAGCAGCUCGUGUUCACUGGCAUUAAUUGGAGUGGAAUGGAGAACGCUGAAGGCGUCCCACACGGUCUCGCUACCAAACAGAGUUACCUGGACGACAUCGCGGCUAAUCUGUCGGACAACGGCUUUAACGCCGUCCGUCUGCCACUGAACGCCCAGAUGAUCAUCGACAACUCGGCGCCCAACACGAGACUCUUCGUCAACAGUCUGGACACCGACCUCAACGUUGACACAUACAUCGACAUGAUCAAGAAGGUCGUACAGGGUCUCGGUAAGCAGCAGAUUGGCGUGCUGCUCGACAUCCACAAGAUCGACCCGAACUUCACGGACGACACGUCCGAGCACUUGUGGUUCACUGAUGACUACCCUAUUGCCACCAUCUACAAGAUGUUCGAGACUCUGGCGUCCGAACUGUGCACCGAUCUCGAGUACAAUAUUAUCGGUAUCGAUCUCAAGAACGAGCCUGUCGGUGGCUGCUGGCCCGCGGACGAUACCGACGAAUACUGCGAGUCGGACGUCAACUGGCCCCGUGCCGUCGAGACUAUUGGAGACAAGAUCCUUGCUAUCUGUCCCAACUGGCUCAUCGUGGUCGAGGGCAACUACGCCACCAAUACAGUGGCAGAGAUCAACGGCGCGAACGUCACGUACAACGAUUGGUACGGUGCCAGUCUACAGAACGCCAGUGUGAAUCCCAUCGCACUUAAGACGGACGGCAAGGUUGUGUUUGCGCCGCAUUUCUAUUCUCCCAGUGUGUACCCAUCUUCGUAUUUCUUCAAGAAGCAAUCUUCGAGUGGCGACACUGUAUCUGUAACUGAGUACCCUAACACGACCGAGGGCAAUACGUUACUUAAGGCUGCUGUUACCGCCGUGCUGGACAACGCGUUCGGUAACGCCGUGACGGAGGCUGGUGUGCCCACGUUCUACGGUGAGUUCGGUGGUAUUUACGGCGCUGCAGAGCUGCUGCCUGGUCUUACGAGCACGCGUGUGAUCGAGAUCCUCAUUGAGUACGCUAACGAAAUGAACAUGACCGGCGGCUUCGCGUGGGCUAUCAAUCCGGACGGAUCCUACGACUUCAACGACGAGUACAAGCCUAAAGAUCCGUGGCAAUACGGUCUGUAUACGAGCUCGUCGUGGGAUGCGUAUAACAAGGAUUUUUCCACUGGUCUGCAGAACUUGAAGGGUAGUGGCUCGUUCCCGUGUUUCUCGAAGAUUACAACGAUUACUACAUCCGGAUCUGGCAGUACUAGCGCUACCAUCACGACGGACUCAACGACCGACUCAUCAAGCUCCACGGCCGCGGCAACCACUCCGACGGCUGCAUCCACCGCGGCUUCAGGCUCUGCUGCUGCGACAACUUCGACAACUGCGACGACGGAGACGACGGAGACGGCGGCGACGACGGCGCCUUCGAUUGCGACGGCAACUGCGAUUUAG